CAAAUUUCGGCAAAAUAAAGCAUUUUACUGAAGUAUCAGUGAAUGCAUUUAACGAAGUUCAGAAAUAUGCGUAUUGAUUACUGAGUAAUCAGCAAAGUUAGGUGUUGCCGAUCAGUUUCGGCAUUUUAUUAUCCCGAGCUCAAGAAAUGGUUUUUAGUGUGUAGCUUUUGUGACAUUAAUUUCAUACACUAAUAAAGAAAAAUCUUUCCUUUUUCGAUUACUGAUGACUGGGCAAUUCAUGAUUCCAUCCUGAUAACUUUUGCCGAGCUGACAGCAAAAUUUCUGCUGAUAAGUAACAAAUUUUGGAUUGCCGAGAUUCUCAGUAAUUAUACAUUUUGCGAAGACGAUAACCGAGCAUUCGACUGUGCAAAUCUCGACAUUUUUUGCCGAGAUUCAGCAAGAAAAUUUAAUUGUGUAGAUUUUGGUUCUGGGUUCGAUGUGCUUAAAUGCACAGGCAACUUUAUACAUACACUUUAGGAGCAUUUAUGUACCUAUUUUCUACCAGACAGCGCUUUUGGUGUUUAUUAGAGAAUUACGAUGCAUAAGAUUAGAUUGAUCAUAAAUAGUAGUCGACAAAUUGAUUCGCACAGUUCCCACUCAGCGUAUUGAUAGUGGCAAACAAAAGACUGGCAGCCGUGCACAAGCAAAUGCCCAGUGUAGUUAUCGUCUCGCAAUGUUGGUCUGCCCGGUUCACUGUUGAAUCAUUCCUUGUGGAGCACCUCGAGUAGGACGGACGUAUUUUGGUCAGCGAUAGAGCGCAGAUUCACGCUGCGGGUUCUUACUUUUGAAAUGCCUGAGUUUCGACGAAUAGCAUAGAAUCAAGGCAGCAAGACAGAGCGAACGAUCAUAAGAGUGCGAUAAAUAAAAAUAAUUUUCGGUUUCGUCGUUCCCCGGGUCAAUCAGAAGGGAAGGAAGCAAAAAUGUCUGCGGACAUAGAUGAAGUUGAGCCGGACCAAAAAUGUAGCACUAAUAAACAGAACGAAAAACAGACACUUCGAUUCGGUUGGCAAUGACAAGAGCAUGGAGAGCCGCAAAUGAGGUGGGCAGAGCACCGAUGAGACUGGUUUUCAGGUAACGCGAGCAUUUUAUGCAUGGCCUGCUGGUGUACAGCGGAUAUAUCUCAGAAGGAUAACUAACAAUAACACGUUAAGUGGAAAGAAUGCGUUAUAUACAUAACAUACAUGCAAUCAAGAUAUGCGUUACUAAAAGAAUGUCGACAAAUUUAUCCGUUUUUGGUUGAGAAUACGGUGCAACGUAAAAAACCCAACGACGAAUGGCGAGAGAGAGAGCUAAUAUCAGCAUUAGACAAUACUCCUGAGAAACAAUUCGAAACAAUCCCUCGAGCGACACCGCUGUAAACUGCCGACAACGGCAAUCAGGGAGUGAACUGGUCUUGAUGUUGAGGAAAGUGAAAAGUAAACAGCGAUUACGUGUUCGCGUUAGUGCGUGUAACGAGAGGUGCCGGGGGAAAUCAUGAGAAAAAGAUGCAACUUGACUAUUACCCUAUCUAGUUCGUAUUGAUGUCGAUGUCAUUCUAUUUUUCAUAUACCCUGAAUACUGAUAGUAGCUAUCACCGAUCGAACGAAACUUUGUAGACAUGUGUGUUAGUUUGAAACACGAAGAUCGUGAUCACGUGCUUGGUUCGAAAUGUAGACAUUGACUCUGUUGUAAGUUCGUUAUUUAAUUCUGCUUAUAGAUUGCGAAUUGAGUUUCAACAAAUACGAGGAUUUUAAAUCUGAUAGAAGCGCGACUAAUGCGCUGUGAUAGGAAAAACGAUGCGUGAUAAGCAACCUACAGCGCGAACGGAAACAACGCAAACUGUACUCGGAGGAGUGGGCUCUCGGUGAUGAUGACUACGAGGGAGCACGCGGAUUCAGCGUCGCCGAGAAGCUAGAAUCGGCUCGUUUCGCGCAAUCCGGAAUGGUGCGCGAAAUGAAAGGCAGCGAUCUCACUGUCGGUUUCCUACAGCAGUACGGAUUCAAUAUACCGCUGCUGUUCAAGGAAAAAACCGGUCUCGGACUACAAGUGCCAUCUACCAAUUUCACCAUUAACGACGUGCGAAUGUGCGUCGGUUCCCGGCGUAUCCUGGACGUGAUGGAUGUCAACACCCAGAAGAACGUGGAAAUGACCAUGAAGGAAUGGGAGCGAUACUACGAUGAUCCCAACAAGAAGAAAUUGAUGAACGUGAUAUCACUGGAAUUCUCCCACACAAAGCUGGAGAACUACGUGCAAAGCCCGCAUAUCGUUCGGCAGGUCGACUGGGUCGAUGUGGUUUGGCCGAAGCAGCUAAAGGAGUCCCAGAUUGAAUCGACAAAUGUACUGACCGAGAUGAUGUACCCGAAAGUGCAAAAAUAUUGUCUGAUGUCAGUGAAGAAUUGUUAUACGGAUUUCCAUGUGGAUUUCGGUGGGACGUCUGUGUGGUAUCAUAUAUUGAAAGGUAGUAAAGUGUUUUGGUUGAUACCGCCAACCGAGAAGAAUUUACAGUUGUAUGAAAAGUGGGUACUGUCCGGAAAGCAGUCGGAUGUGUUUUUCGGUGAUACAGUUGAAAAAUGUGCUCGAGUGUACCUUACUGCCGGGAACACGUUCUUCAUUCCAACCGGUUGGAUUCAUGCGGUCUAUACGCCAACCGAUUCGUUGGUAUUUGGUGGUAAUUUUCUUCAUUCCUUCGGAAUAGUCAAGCAGCUCAAGAUCGCGCAAGUGGAAGAUAAUACAAAGGUUCCGCAAAAAUUUCGCUACCCAUUUUUCACCGAAAUGUUGUGGUAUGUGUUAGCCAAGUAUGUGUAUACUCUACUAGGACAUUCGCAUCUUGAGGGUGAACCUGGUCGUGAAGCAGAGCUGCUCGGUAAAUCCCAUGUCCAUUUAACUCAUUACGAGUUGUUCGGACUGAAAGAGAUCGUAAUGUACCUGUACGAUUUGCCACCUCAGAAGAAAAACGUACCCGAUCUGAUUAAGGAUCCGGUUGCGCUGAUCAAGGAUGUUCGAACACUAGUCGAGCGACAUUGUAAAGACAAUCCCGAGCAAGCGAUCACCGGAGUACCGGUACUUCAUCCGGAUCUAAACAAGAGCAAUAAUCCGUACUUACGUGAAAGGUACGAAUAUUACACUGGCGAGGGAAUGAAAACACCGGGUCCUCUCGAGGAUGAAGGUGAAGGCUCCCAAGCUAGUCAGGAAGAUAACACACAAGAUUCAAUGAUACCGACACAGGAGCAGAGUGAACUUCAUACGGCAUCAAUGAUGGAAAGCAACGCUUCAGCGCAACAGAUGAACAGUCAGGAUGGUCAGCAUCCGAACGGGAAUGGUACUACAAUAGUGACACCAUCUAACCAACAUGAUGAUGAUCGUAACUUUGUAUCGCCACAACCAACACGCCCGGGUGGCGGAGGUGUACGAGGGCCGUAUAAGAAAAAUAGUGGCAAUACGAGUGGUAGUGCAGGUGUAAGUGGCGGUCGUUUUAGUGCAGAGAAACGGGAUGGAAACGGUCCUAGACGAAGGCGAACGCGGUGUAAAAAUUGUGAGGCCUGUCAACGGUCAGAUUGCGGCGAGUGCAGUUUCUGUCUGGACAUGGUGAAGUUCGGAGGUCCCGGACGAGCAAAGCAAACCUGCAUGAUGCGUCAGUGUCUGCAGCCGAUGUUGCCGGUGACUGCACAGUGCAUUCACUGCAAUUUGGACGGUUGGCGGCAAGCUCCAAUCACUGCACCGGCACAGGCGAAACUCCAAGCACAAAUGCAGGAAGGACCAUCUUCGCUCAUGGAGUGUUCUGUUUGCUACGAAAUUUCACACCCAGACUGUGCUCAACGAUUGGCUCCCGAUAUCGGCGGAAUCAUCAACGAAGAUCUUCCGAACAGUUGGGAAUGCCCUAGUUGCUGCAAGUCUGGGAAGAACACGGACUAUAGGCCUCGUCACUUUCGUGCCCGGCAAAAAUCCUCCGAAAUCCGUCGGAUGUCGGUUAGCAGCGAUGCUUCGUCGGCUCACAAUGCCGACAUCGGCCGGAUAGGUGGAACCGUAAUUCAACAACCGGUUAGUAGCACCAUUACGGGAAGCGUGCACGGAACUGACGAGAUGCCGGUCAGGACACCGGUGGCGCCACGCUUUCAGAACGAUAUGCUGUACGACUUUACCUCGACGGGCAAUGCGGUCAUCGUUGGUGGUAAUGGUGGAAAUAUCCUGCUGGAAAGGAAACCGAAAAUCAAAGACGAGGAUAUGUCGAGCGGUUCGGAGCACGAUCAAAACCAGCCGAAGCAAAAUAUGGGUGGGCUUGUGAUGCCAUCGAGUAGUUUACCGGUUAAAAUGGAAAUCAAAGAAGAACCUUUGGAAGCGGCGGGACACAGCAGUGGAAUAACAGGACUGAAAAGUGUCGAGGGUACGGCCGGAGGACACCUGAUUGGAGUUGUGCAAAAGCGUCGAAAAAGUGAUGAUGGGAAUAGCAUGUGUAGCAGUAUGCAAGAUUCGGUGGAUAUCAAUGAGCAUAAUCAUAGCUUACCGAGGAAAAAAUCAUCAUUGCGGACACAACUGGCUCAUCAAAUUCACAGUUCGUCCACGAAGCCUAUGAAGAAACCUCUUUACCCGGUGCGACCAGCACAUGUUCACCAACCCGUACUGUCUCAGCCUGGAAAUUAUGCUCUUGAUCCCACUUGUUUACUAGCGGUGUUUCGCUAUCUGCCUCCGGAAACGUUGGUUACCUGUUCGUUGGUAUGCAAAACAUGGUCGAACAUUUCGGUAGAUUCUUCACUAUGGAAACGAAUGAACUGUGCAGAGUACAAGUUAACUGCUAGUCUACUAACGGCCAUCGUACGCCGUCAACCGGAACAUUUGAUCAUGGACUGGAUCAGCUUGGGUAAAAGACAAGUUACAUGGCUGAUUUCGAGAAUUCCCGGCAUGAAGCAUUUAUCCCUACAAGGAACGCCAAUUCAAGCGGUUCUCGGACUACACACGUGCCUGUGUCCUCCGUUUCAAAUUCUCGAUCUCAGUUUUGUCGCUGGCCUGAAUGAUUCAGCUAUUCGUGAAAUUUUAUCCCCACCGAAGGAUUCCCGCCCUGGUCUUGCUGAUUCCAAAUCCAGAUUGCGAAAUCUGAAAGUGUUAAAGCUAGCUGGAACGGAUAUAUCCGAUGUCGCGCUACGCUACAUAACCCAAGGGCUACCCAGUUUGACUCACCUGGAUCUUUCCUCGUGUCAGCGAAUAACUGACGCAGCCAUAGCUCAGAUUGGAACGUCUUCUGCGGCCAUAAAAACACUAAUCGAGCUGGAUCUUAGUUGUUGUAAACUUAUUACCGAACUGUCUCUAGAUCAUCUCGCUAAGUGCGACGCUCUGACCCGACUUGAUUUGAGUCACGUUCCUCAAGUGACGACACAGGCGGUCAUAAAAUUUGCUUCCACCUCGAAGAAUGACUUGCAGCUGCAUGACAUCAAAUUGGUAGACAAACGAAAAACGACCCAGUAGGCUAGUGUUCGAUUACAGCAUGCUUCUUAAACAGCACCUGCUGCCAUCUUUUGUAGGAAGGUUAUAUUUUAGGUUUGCGACCGUCCACUUUUAGGUGGAGUUGUAGUUAAGUUAGUAACAGUACAUCAAUUGUACAGUUGGAAGCAUUUUUCCCACAAGUUCGUCAUCUCAUUCACAACUUCUAUACUGAUAAGAAAUACAAGUUUACAUUGUAUGAGUGGGACGUGAUUGAGUCUGACAAAAAAAAAACAAUUCGUUUUCUCGGUUAGAAUCUAAGGUCCACAAACAAACUGAAACCAAAGACUAAGAUUUAAGUUGAAUAUAUUUACUUCUACUUACAAUUCAUCUGCAAUUAUGCCUAUAAAAUACCAACAGUUAAGGUUUAGUUUUAAGUUAAAGUCAAAAGAUUUCUGUUUUUCCGCGAAAAACUGGUAGACUAGGAUUACAGGUGGGUCACUCGUGAAACACGCAAAACUGUAGACAAUUCGCCCCAUUUUGGUAGUGUAAGGGCAUAACGAGUACUUGUACUUGUAAAAAUUAUGUGUUUGCCAACACAGAAGAGUAAUCAUAAUCGUUUGUGGAAAUAGUGAGAAAGCCUACACGGCUUGUAGAUUUUACGUAUCAAUCCUUUAACGUAUUCUCUUGUGUAUCGUUACCUUACCUUAAUCCUAUUUUGCGCUGAAUGUUGUUUGUUCAUGUGAUUGUUUGUGAUGAUUGACUUUAAUGGGACAACUGACACGUGUUACGUGUACAGCACGGGAAAGAAAUCACAGUUGUACCGUAGUGAUAGUUUAUUUUUAACUUUAUUCGUUUAGGUCAUAAUAAAACUGCUCCCAAUUUUUCGAUAAAGUAACUUAAUGGAAGCGUUCGGCGAAGAAAUUUGCUACAAUCAAUGUCACAUACACACAAAACAUGCAUGGAAAACACCACCCCGCGUUUACAUAUGUAAUACCUAGGUACGAAAUCCACGAAAACCAAAACGCGUCAAUCUAUUUCAAGAUCAAGUAGUAAAAUCCCCGAAAAUCGACUAGUAAAAAUUAGCCGUAUACAGUGAGUACCAUGACCAUACCAUAUGAAACACUUGUAAUGCUACAGUUGCGAGAAUCCUCUUUGCAGAGCUUCAAGAAACACUUAUUUGUAAAUAAAUUGGAAGAAUA